UCAAAAGCAAGGCUUAAAAUGGUUAAAAAGCUCUCGGCUUGUUUUGACGUUAAUGCAGGAACGGAACAGGGCCACCCCUUGAGCCCAGAACUCUUCAAAUGCUAUAUCUACGAACUCUCCCUCCAGAUUAACACCCUAACCGGAGUGGAAAGUCCCCAACUCAACAACCAACAGAUUACUCACCUGCUUUGGGCGGACGAUCUGGUCCUGCUAGCCCUUAACAAGGAAGGCAGUUACUCGAGAGUAAAACAUUUACCUACGGCAGAAGUAUUGUAAUCCCCUCGGUCAAAAGCUACUGCUACCUAGGUACUCAUUUCACAAUAUGUGGCAGUAUGAAGCUUAACCAAGAGCAGCUCAGGAUCAAAGGACUUCGAGCAUACUUCUCCCUGAAAAAGACGGUUGAUCUCUCCUCAAUUUCUAAAGAGGCUGUGCUCAAACUCUUCGAUGCCCUUAUACUUCCUGUCGUCUCAUACGGUAGUCAGGUGUGGCUCCCCUAUACCAACAUUCUCAGCAACAUCUGCCAGAAGAAAACACAGUCUGACAAAGACACACUCAGUCAAUUAGCGAACGACAGCAUCGAGCGCCUGCAUCUCUCGCUGCUAAAAUGGACGACUGGGGUCAACAAGAGAACUUCAAAUAUCCCGAUAUGGGGAGACACAGGAAGAUAUCCCCUUGGAAUACAACUGAGUAAGCUCUUUCUUGACUUCCACAACAGGCUCGUCCUCCUUGACAGAAAAAACUCACCACAGAUUGUUCGCCAUGCUUUUGUAGAGCAAAGAAACCUAGAGCUGACCUGGUUCCGAACAUCGAGAGCGCUGACCGACGCAUUUGACCCAGGAGCAAUUAAACGAACAAUUGUCUCGAAGAAUGUUCCCAUGCCGAACAGCCAACUCGUUCGGAGUAGAAUGAGAAAUUGGUUCCAAGAAAAGUGGGAAAAAGCUCGACUUGAAAACAAAAAGCUUACAUUCUACAACGAAGUCAAAAGCAGCUUUGGAUUAGAACCAUACCUGUCUCUACCCAAUCACAAGAAAACCCGAUGUACCACAUGGCUGAGGACAAGCUCCCACAAACUUAAUAUCGAGACGGGGCGAUAUGGCUGGAAAAACUCAAGCAUCUUCUACAGAGCUUGCCACUUCUGCUGCAGCUCAGACAGAAUCACCAUAGACCUCCUGAACGAGCUCCCGUUUAGUGACAUCAUUAAAGAAGACGAAGUCCAUUUGCUUAAAGAAUGUCCUGUCUACAAGGAGAUCAGACAAAGAAACAGCACAGACCUUCACAACAUACUCACAAAUAGUCAAUUCAGUAAAUUAUUUCAUGAGGAUUACAUUUUGGAGACCAGAAAUUUUGUUUAUAAUCUAUUUCGUGAAAGAUUUCCUAAAAGUAAGCUAUGA